AUGCCUGUUAGCUUUGCAACCCCAAUUGAAGUUGUUAUUUUAGAUAUUGAAGGGACAGUAUGCCCUAUAUCAUUCGUUAAAACCACUUUGUUCCCUUAUUUUCUUGAAAAAUUACCACUGGAAUUAUCAGCUUUAACAUAUCCAGUCAAAUCCAAAACCAAUUCACAGGUUGAAGAGAUAUGCAGCCAGUUUCCUGAGGAUGCUAGACAGUCUUAUGACAAUUUGCUCGAAUAUGUGACAUCAUUGGUCAAUAACGAUAUUAAAGAUCCAGUCUUGAAAUCGUUUCAAGGGCUCAUCUGGAAAUUGGGCUAUGAGAACGGAGAAUUGAUGGCACCUGUCUAUGAUGAUGCUAUUGAGUUCAUAAGCGGUUUAUGUAAGUCCAAAAAGAUCUACAUAUACUCAUCUGGUAGUAUCAAGGCGCAGAUUUUGCUUUUCGGCCAUGUCAAAGAUGCUAGUGGAUCUUCAGUCGAUUUGAAUCGUUAUCUUUCAGGUUACUACGAUAUUACGACUUCUGGUUUCAAGCAUGAUUCGAGCUCAUAUGUGAGUAUUUUAAAGGAUAUUGGUUAUGAAAAGAAACCAUCUGGUGUGUUAUUUUUGAGUGACAAUAUUAAAGAAGUUGAUGCUGCGAUUAAGGCAGGUAUGAACAGCGUAGUUGUCCACAAACCGGGAAAUGCGCCAUUGACUAAAGAGGACAAGCAAUCGUUAAGCAUUAUCGAAACUUUCAAGGACUUGAAAGUGUAA